GCGCUGACCAGGGAGCAGCAAUUCGGGACUCUGCUGUUCCCCCCUUCCCUUUCCUUCCCUUCCUUUCCCACAGGGCUGAGGAGCGGCGCCCAACGCUUUUUCACCGCCUCCCGUUGCGCCCGUUGCUCAGCGGCCGUUAGGCGGAGGCGCGCGCGGCUCCUCCGCGCACAGACACGCGCGCGCGCAAACGCCUCAGCCCUUCUCGCUCCUCUCACUCGGGUUCGCCUACGGACCGGUACCGGCUCCGGGAACCGCAAUACCGAGGCCGGGAGCAGCCGGGGCCGGGCUCGGCUGCUCCCGGCCUCGGCGGCGCCGCCUGGUGGCCACCGAAGGCCCCUCCACCUCUCCUCCGCCGCGCUGCCGAGACCGGCUCCGGCGGGGGCUGCGGCGGCGCCGUACACCCGCUCGGCCCCCGCGGCGCGGCCGUCCUCCCCUCACUCCCGCCUCCGGCGGAGUGGCGGCUGCAUGGGGUGGUGCUGAGCGGCGGAGCGGCGGAACGGAACCAUGCUGUCGAGGAAGGGGAUCAUCCCCGAGGAAUACGUGCUGACCCGGCUGGCGGAGGAUGUGCCGGAUCAUGCCCGGUAUCGCGCCCGGGAGAGGCGGGCGCGUUUUGUGGGGAAGAACGGUGCCUGCAACGUGGCCCAUAAAAACAUCCGGGAGCAGGGACGUUUCCUUCAGGACGUCUUCACCACCCUGGUGGACCUCAAGUGGCCCCACACGCUGCUCAUCUUCACCAUGUCCUUCCUCUGCAGCUGGCUGCUCUUUGGCAUGAUCUGGUGGCUCAUCGCCUUCGCCCACGGAGACCUGGAUCACAGCACCCGGCUGCAGCGUGAUCUGGGAGAGGGGGCGGCGGGGGGCCCGGACACCUUUGUGCCCUGCGUGACCAGCAUCCACUCCUUCACCUCUGCCUUCCUCUUCUCCAUCGAGGUGCAGGUGACUAUUGGCUUCGGGGGACGCAUGGUGACGGAGGAGUGCCCGGCUGCCAUCCUGGUCCUGAUCGUGCAGAACAUCGUGGGGCUGGUGAUCAACGCCAUCAUGCUGGGCUGCAUCUUCAUGAAGACCUCGCAGGCCCACCGCCGGGCUGAGACCCUCAUCUUCAGCAAGCACGCGGUCAUCGCCCUGCGGGAAGGGAAGCUCUGCUUCAUGCUGCGGGUGGGUGACCUCCGGAAGAGCAUGAUCAUCAGCGCCACCAUCCGCAUGCAGGUGGUGAAGAAGACUGCCAGCCUGGAGGGGGAGGUGGUGCCCCUCAACCAGAUUGACAUCCAGAUGGAGAACCCUGUGGGGGGCAACAGCAUCUUUCUUGUUUCCCCACUCAUCAUCUACCACGUGAUAGACAAGAACAGCCCCCUCUACGACAUCUCCCCCCUGAACCUUCACCACCACGAGGACCUGGAGAUCAUUGUCAUCUUGGAAGGGGUGGUGGAGACCACUGGCAUCACCACUCAAGCCAGAACCUCCUACCUGGCGGAUGAAAUCCUCUGGGGCCAAAGGUUUGUACCCAUCGUGGCAGAGGAAGAUGGGCGAUACUCUGUGGACUAUUCUAAAUUUGGUAACACGGUGAAAGUUCCCACCCCUUCAUGCACUGCUAGGCAGCUGGAGGAGGACAAAAGCAUUAUGGACACCAUGCCAUUGUCCCCUAAAGGCACAAUAAGGAAGAGGUCUGUCAAGCUAAAGCCCAAGUUUACCAUAAGUGAAGAGCCUUCCUGAUGCCGUAUGACUGGGAAACUCAGUUAGGGCUUUGUGUCAGAGAUCUCAUAAACUCAAAACACUGAGGUGGCCUCUUACUUUUUUUUAAAUUCAGGUUGGUAGCACAAGGUAUGUUCUGGUGUUAUUUAUUGUGGGAUAAAUCUAAAGCUAAUUACAGAUUUUUUAAAGGUGUGUGAGAUUUCCAGCAGCACUUGGAGUAGAAAGAUCAUGGUCUGCAGCUUUAAAUUUCAAUUCAGACUGUCCUAUUUAAUUGCACGAUCAUUUUGCAUUGAUUAAUCUGCAGGUAAUGACAUUUUCUUAAAAAAAAUAGAUGUAUAUUUCUCUUCAGAGUUUUCAGUAAUUAGGGUCUUGCAGUGUCCUAGAGUCAGUAGUUUUUAACUGUUUGGGUUUUUUUCUAAAUUGAACAGCAAAUAUAGGAAAACAAAAUAUUAAUAAUUAAUAAAGUAGGCUGGAUUUAAAUUAUAGCAGAAAGGUCAGGCAACGUUAUGUAUGACACAAGAGCAGAUCUCAAAGUGUCUAUGUAUUAUACUCUGUGUCUCAAAGAAAUUAACUGACAGCUUUGCUUCAUCCAUACUGUAUUUUAUGGAGCCAGUCCUACCACAUGCAAUAUCAAAUGUAUUUGAAUAUUUACUUUUGUUUAUUUUAAAACCCUUUUCACUUGCAAAAUAAAACAUUCAGGAAUACCCUUUUGGACUCUACAUUUCUGAUAGUAAGCAAUGCUUUGCCUUUAAAGAUAGUAGCAGCUAGUAUACUACUGCAAUUAAUUCUAAAUAGGAAGAAUUCUGCAUUCUAAUUGUCUAAAUGAACAGAAGCAACAUCUUCCCCCACAGAGCUACAUGGCAAUAAGCAGUAAAAAAAUAAAUAUCUCUCUUAGGUCAGAAUGAAUUCUGUUAGAUAAUCAGGGAGUAUAAAUAGAAUUAGAUAUUUUAAAUGAGAGGGCAGUGCUGAAUGCUGAAAUUAUAAAUGCAUGCAGUAGGCAAAACUUUUCAGUCCUUUCCCUUUUGUAAAAGAAGCAAAGGUUUUUGUGCUUAGGGAGAAGAGGGAUACGUAAGACAGUGUGGUCACUUCUGGGAUGCUGUGUCAUAAAGCAUACGCCUGCUGAGGAAAUUAUUCCCUUUCCAUUUACAUCCUGAUCUCCCUGCACAGCCAGUGCUGGCCUUGUUUUAUUUCACUAAAUUCGAGAUCUGAUAUUUACCAGCAAAUACAAAGUAGCCAUGUUCACCCCCUCUGUUUCAGCGUAACAGCAGGAGCAUCCCCUUAGCACACUGCUGCAAAUCCUCUGGGGGUAUUGGUACCACCAUUAGUGGUUUUGUUUCUAUGCAGGGUUAUUAGGAGACAGCAGCAGUAUUAACUACAGAGUGCUAUUUACAGGGCAAACUGCCACUCAAGUAUACAAAGGUUGUAUUGUCCAUGUAAAACCUCUAAAGGCAUUACAGAACUGGUCCAACACCUGGCUACACAAGCUGUAAGGUUAUUUUCAAACUUAACUCUUUGAAGAGGUUACAGUAUCAAUUCUUGCACUAUGUAGCUCACAGCAGACACCUGAAAUUGUUUGUGUGGCAGUAAUAGGGCAAAUUUUGGUGCAUUGUCAGUGUAACAGUAUGAAAAACUCAUUCAGAACUGUUACAAAACUUCCAUAUUGACUACAGAAUAUUUUCAGCCAUCUAUAAUAAAAUUAAAUAACGUUUGCAUAUAACAAAAUGUUGUUUUAAAAUUAUAAAAUAGUAGUUCUGUUUUCAAUAAUUAUGUGUUCCAGUUUUCCGAAAUACAUAAUCAGCAUUAUGGGACUGUAAGUUAAAAGACUAAAUGUCUAUUCAGUUUCCAAAUUCACAAUUCACCAAUACCAUUCUGUGAAUAGCUCUAAAAAGGUGGUAUGUGUUUCAUAGUGAGAAAGACAGUCAAAAUAGCAUUAACAAGUCAUGAAAGGAAAUUUGGAAAUUUGUAAUCUUAAGAAAUCCUAUUUUU